CGGCUGUUUUGGCUAUUCCUAUUUGGAAUUUGACAUUCUUCCAGCCAUUGGUAUAAAACAACCAUCAACUCAAUUUUGGUGUAACUAUUUUGUUGUUUCAGUUAUUGAAAAAAUGAACAAGUUAUAAAAAAAUCUCGAUUUGAAAUGAGCCUUAGACUUGACUCCCUACCGGAUGAAGACAUUCCUGCUCAAAUGGCGAAAGAUAAGAAAUGCAAGUCCUUAAAGGAAAAUUUGGAAGUCCUCCAAGUCCAGAGUGAUCAAGUAUCAGAGGAUAUUAGCCUCACUUCAAGCGAAGAGGCUGAACUAAUGAAAGCUCAGUCUGUCGAUGACUCCAUGUCCAAGAAAAUUCCCCAGGAUAAUUCUUCUUUGUCAUGGGAAAAUAGAGAGGGAGUUGAAAUAACUCUUACAGCACAACCUGAAGAUACAGUUGUGGGAGAAGAACGCUUAGACAUAACAGAAAAUGAAGAUCAUGUGGGAGAUGAUGAAAUGGACACCAGAAGUGAAGUUAGUUCUUCUUCCAGGGUAUCAAACCAACACAGUCCUCCUUUGUCAUCAGAAUCUUCAUCUUCUCAUUCUGGUUCUGAAAAAGAAGAUGGCGAUGAAGAGGGGCGAGGCCACAAGAGGAAGCGCAAACAACUCAAAAGUUCUAUCGACGAGAAAAGUUCAUCACCAAAGCGUCCUAAGUCAGACGGAGAAGGGAAAUCAAAGAAAUAUGAUUAUUCGACAAAACUAAACUAUCUCUUCCGCGACGCGCGAUUUUUCCUUAUGAAAAGCAACAACCCCGAAAAUAUCUCUCUGGCCAAAUCCAAAGGUGUUUGGUCGACGCCUCCGCAAAACGAAGCCAAACUAAACCAGGCUUUCCGUCAGUGUCGCAAUGUCUUGCUCGUUUUCUCCGUCAAGGAGAGUGGCAAAUUUUGCGGAUUCGCUCGGCUUUCAAUCGAGUCCCGAAGAGAUGCCAGCCCAGUUCAAUGGAUACUCCCUCCGGGACUCUCUUCCAGAGCGUUGGGCGGUGUUUUCCGGAUUGACUGGAUAUCCAAGAAAGACUUGUCAUUCACCCGAGUGAUGCAUCUUUACAAUCCAUGGAACGAAGGCAAACCGGUGAAAAUCGGUCGUGAUGGACAGGAAGUGGAGAAUCACGUAGGCGAGGAAUUGUGUCGUCUUUUUGCCGAAGAUUCAGACGUGGAAUGGUCGACUGUUUUGCGACGCUCAAAGGAUUCUGCCCGUCGCGUUCAAGUGGCCAACGGUGGGGUCCGUCCUCGUGGCCCGAUGGCACCGCUACAGCUGCAGCAGCAGCAACAACAACAACAACAGCAGCAUCAACAACAACAGCAACAAGGAGGAGGCCGGCGUGGAUUCCGCGACAGAAACCGAAACCGUGGUGGAUUCGGUUCGGGCCGUUCUGGCAUCAACGACAGUCACGACAUGGGGAGAGGCAACCUGCGACGACGUCAAUCCAACGAUGAUGACUACCACCGCAACAACAACAGGAACCUACAAAAGAGAGGUCGAGGAUAUCGUGACUUCAAAGACAACCGUCGGGAGAGGUCGCCGGGAGUCAACCCUUAUGCCAUGCACCGCGAGCGAGCUUACACCGCCGCUUACGCCGAGUUCAUGCGAGAGUAUUCCUCUCUAGGACCGAUACCAUAUCCACCGCCGCCGCCAUUUGAGCCGCUGGCUCCGGCCCGUUAUUACGAUGGGCCGCCAUUACCAGAGUAUCCCCCUCCGCCACCACCACCUCUUCCAUCGAGGUCGUCUCGUGGUGAAAGUCACCGUUCGUACGAAAGAUCGGUUGACGAGUUCCUCCGACGAACUGCUGACCGCCGAGAAGACCGCAGCCGUGAGCGUCGCCUACGUGAGCGUCGUUGAAUUUUGUCGAAUUGAAAAAGAAGAAAAUAGGCACUGCCGCCGUUGUCUUUUUUUUUCUCCACUGACUAUUUUUGUUUUUUUUUGACUUAAUUUGAUCCACAGGAAGGCAUGAAUUUUUCUCUUGGCUCGUGUAGACUUCUUCAUCUUGUUUCAGUUUCCAAUUUGUAAACCUCCCUCGUCGACUUUGAUUUCUGUUGCAAUAAACAACGGCUCCUUGUUUACAAAUCUAAUAACAACUUUUUAGAAUUCACUCGAUUGACCAUAUAACCGUUGUAUUACGAAAACAACCCACCGUCAAAUAUUGGGGAGAAAAACUAUGAUAUAAAAAAAUCGAAGGAAGAAAGAGGAAUGCAAAAUAGCACAAUAUUCAAAGAAAGGAUAAAAUGGACAAAACUGCAG